UUUUACAUUUUAUUAACAUAAUAAUUAAGAAAAAAUACUUGAUGUUUAAUUAUAUGAUUUUAUAUAAAUAUAUAUUUAAAUAUAUUUAAAUAUAUAUAUGAACAUAUUUUUAUAUAAAUCUUGCGAAGAGAGAUAGAUAACAGGAGGAAGAUUUUUCACGCGGAAUUUUCAUGUUUUUCUAUCUGAUGUUGCAUACAAAAAUUAAAUUCCAUUUUCGGCCACCCCCGCACGUUCGCGUCGCGAAUUGCGCGUCACCCUGUAACAGGCGUCUAGUUUUAUCCCAAACUAGAGCGCGCCGUGCUAAAGAUAGGUCGUUGCAGGCAGGAAUCGGUGUGCAUCCACUACCGGCACAGGGAACAAGGGCGACCUUGGCCUUACGAGCUUAUAUAACGAGGAAACGGCUGAUUCGCGAGCUCAGUCGUUUCGACCUAUCGACGCGACAUAAUAUAUCGUGACUUAUCGGACGAUUCGCAUUUGCGACGAUGCAUGUUUUCCUCGUCGAUUUUUAUAUCGAUUCCGAUACGAAGCUCCAUUAGAGCAGUCUCUGCAUUUUAUACGCGAGAAUAAAAUGCAUUAGCACGUCUCUCCACGUCAACUGUUUUUUUUUUUUUUUUCGGACGCGGAAAUAUCUAAUUAAAUACUUUUCCGCAUACAAAUCGGCUCGUUAGAGUCACUCUCCGCGUAGUAACUCUUCGCGUUUCUCUGCUUCUUUCAGUGGGAAUAAUAUUCGAGAUUCGGAAGUCAGUUUUAUUUACUGCGUCGGAAAUUUCCAUGAAAAAAACGUGACUGCGUAAAAAUGCAAGCGAUAGCGCGAUCAGAAAAAUAGGUACCAUUAAAGGAGCGCGCGCACCGCGCUUCGACCGAUCGAACGACCGGCGACAACGGUGGAGGGGUUCGUCGCCGCGGAAAAUCAACUCUCUUCUUGGCAGAAACGGAAUGACCAGCCCGUGGGUGGCAGCGGCGACGGCGGCACGAUAGAUCGCGAAACUCUUCCGCUUUUUUGACAGAUGCGAGCGUCAGUGAGUCGCGUGACGCGUCGCUAGUGCUCUCGAGCGAGGAAAUCGAUACUGUUUACGGCAGUUCGCGGAUUAAAAAGAUUCCAACAAACAUAGAAACGAGUGGGCGAGAUUACGCAGUACAAUUUUCCAGGUGACCCACUAACACUGAGACCACGAGGAAGAAUGUUCAAUUCGAUAUUGCUGCUUUGGGCGUUGGUCGGUCUAAUUGGCCGAGUGCACAGUAAAUGCAGCUUAGCCCCGAUUGCCGAUAACGAGCGUUCGAUCGCCUACGUGUGUAUCCACGGCGACCUGAGCGAUCUCGACGAACUGUCCGACGAGACCGAGUGGAUCGAGUUCUCGGUGUCGCGUUUUCACGCGAUCCCCGACGGUGCCUUUCGUCGAUUCCCGAAUCUCCGUCGCCUAUCGUUCUACAAUUGUCACGUGAACGUCAUCGAACCCGAUGCGUUUCAUGGCCUGCAUCGACUCGAUUGGCUGAUAUUCCACGGCACGAGGAUCCACGCGGCGAGAACCACGUGGUUCCGUCACCUACCGAAUCUCAGACGAUUGAUCUUGGAUAGAUGUGGUUUGGUGCACGUCGAGCACGAUGUUUUUCGCAUGUUACCGCGACUCGAGACUCUAGACCUACGCAAUAAUGACCUCGAUUGUCUCUCGGUGGACGAGCUGUCGCAUCUGACAAUGCUCAGGACCGUGCGCAUCGACGGCAACCCGUGGUUAUGCGAGUGCCGGCUGAGAAUGGAGAAAUUUUUCCACGACAGAUCGAUCGUUCAGGAAAUCGAAUGCAGGGUUCGACCGAGGAUCUGCACCGUGCACAAAAUUCCGCAGUGCAUGACGCAGAUCGAUAUCCCGCUCCCAUCUCCGAUGAUAAUCAUCGAGCCGAUAAGUAAUCAGGAGGAACGUCCUGGUAACCGCUUCCAGACGAGCGCGCUGACGUCGCUGGACCGACUGCCGGACAGGAGUACGUGGAUCGAGAUCACGGGGUUACAGAUCGAUCAAGUGCCCGCGUACGCGUUCUUUCGCUUCGGCAACAGCCUCCGUAGCCUGGAACUCCGCGAUUGCUCGAUCGGGGCGAUUGAGCCGGGCGCGUUUGCCGGUCUACACCAGUUGCAACGGCUCACGCUCGUCGGUAACCGGCUGCCCGCGGUCGCCGCUCAUUGGUUCGACGAUCUCGUCGCGCUGCGCCUAUUGGUCCUCGCUCGCAACGGCAUCACGCGCGUCGAGACAGGCGCGUUUCGUCCGUUGGCCGGCAGCCUGCGCCAUCUCGACGUGCGAUACAAUCAAUUGCGUUGCCUGUCGGUGAACGAGCUGGCGCAUCUGGAGCAUCUCGAGCGUCUCGACGCCAUUGGUAAUCCGUGGUACUGCGAGUGUCGCAGGAAUCUGCAGAGGUUCCUUACUGAUCGUAAUGUGGGGUUCGAGAUUGCCGAUAGAUGUUACGAGGAAGACGAAGUGAUCAUCGAACCGACUGAUGGAGGGCAGCAUUCGAUUACCGAGACGACUUCGACCGGCCAAGUGCGCUGGACGUCUUUCGACGAUCAAAUUCUGUAUGACAAGAAUAUAACCGUAGUAAGACCGACGAUCGAGAUUCACACAGAGAAACCGCCGGUUCAUAGAGGUAGUUGCGCGCAAGACAGGACGCAAACAUCGCAGCAAGUUUUCACCUGCAGUGGCAUUGUCUCGCUAAAGGAAUUGGACGUUAUACCUCAUUCGGCCCACACCAUCCGCAUCAUCCUCUCGAACCUGAAAACGAUCCCGACUCGAGCGUUCGCCCGCUUCGACGGCUGGCUGUCCAGAUUGGAAUUACGCGAUUGCGAUAUCGAGACGAUCGAAUAUCGCGCCUUCGUCGAUUUGUACAAUCUAAACUACCUGUCAUUGCACAGUAAUCAACUAAAGUUGGUGUCAUCUGAGGCAUUGGAAGGCCUGACGAAUCUGCGGCACUUGGAUCUCUCGCGAAAUCACAUUUACCGCAUCAACAAUGAAGUGUUUGAUAUAUUGCCGCAGUUGUACACCCUCGACGUCUCCGAGAAUAACAUGAACUGCUUCGGCGUGGAACAUAUGGCGCGCAAGGCGCCGCAUCUGUAUUCUCUUAAAGUGUCGGGCAAUCCGUGGACUUGCCUGUGCGGGUCCAAGCUGGCCAGCUUCCUGGAUUCCCGUAGGAUACCGUACAAUCGCGAAACCCUGUUCGAUACAGGCGACGACUGUUACGCUACCGGAAUGCCCGUGACCCCAUCCACAACGGCGGUGAUCACCUCGAAGUCGACUACGACCGAACCGCCCUCGAUAGGUCUUUAUGACGAGCGUAUUCAAGGUUCCUGCACCAGAAUUCCUGACUCCGCGAAACCGCGGUAUCGUUGCGUCGGCGGCAAUCUGUCAUUGCUGAAGAGCCUACCAUAUGAAGCCGUCGCCAUCGAGUUCCUCGAUGGACAUCUGCCUCACCUCCCGGCCGGCUCUCUUUACCAAUUCUCAAAAUUGCAGGAGCUCGUCAUCAGGAACUGCGGUCUUAAAACGAUCGAACCCGGCGCUUUCAGAGGCCUAGACUCCCUAGAGCAACUUACCAUCCAGAAUAAUACAUUGACGUCGAUCGAGGCAGAGUGUUUCAACAUAGAGCGUCUCGAGCGGUUGGAUCUGCGCGGUAACUUGAUCCGCUACAUCGCGCCAGGCGCUUUCCAUCACCUGCCCAGACUGGUCUACUUGAAUCUCGAAGGCAACGAUCUACAGUGCAUCUUCACCAGCGACUUGCAAAGCAUGCAACAUCUGCACGUCGUCGAAUUCGCCGGCAAUCCACUCAAGUGGCGUUGCCGCGUGGACCUGGAGCAAUUUCUCGAAACGCGGAAAAUCAAGUUCGUCCGGGUGGAGAACUCGUGCGAGGGUAAAAAGAUCAUGAGAAAUCUUCUGUACCAGAAUCAGACCGCCGAGGCUCUGAAAUGUCCGCCUGGCUGCUCGACGGCGAACAAAAUUGAUCAGAGAAAGAGUUUCACAUUGUUUGUAACAUUCACAUUAUUUUUCGCAAUACGAAUGCAAUAACUUCCUUCGCGUAAAGGUAAGAAUUUUAAAUAUAAUAAAAAAAUGGCCUUUUUUUCUUCCGAAAUAUAUUAAAGCCCCUUUAAUUUAUGAUUAUUCUCUCCAUAAUAUUCCAUAGUUUUUUUUUAAACUUGUACUGAUGUAUAUUUAAUAGAAGAAAAUUAGUUUGAAAUGUUUAUCAAUAGUUUUUAUACGAGAAAAGAUAAAUAGUAAAACAAUUAGAGGCUUCCAAGAUUUCGCAUGACAGUUAAAAUAAAGUAUAAAAAUGAAUUUUUCUUCACACAACAAAUAGUGUUUAAAGAUUUCUAAAUUAGUUUAUACUUGUUAUUUAUAAAUGCGAUUAUUUAUAUCUAGGAGAUAUUUGUCUAAUGAAUAAGUAACAUUCGAUUCUGCCAUAAAUUUAGAAUUACACGUUGAAUAUCAAACAAAAACAUUCUGAUAAAUAUAUGCACCAAAUGGAAUGAAGAAGUUGGGGAUUGAUAAAGUUUCUUGAAAUGAAAGAUAUCUUUAUAAAAAAAAUAGACAAAGAUAGAGAUAUGGUAUUGUUAAUGUUGUCAAUGCAAUGUGUUCAUACAUGAAAACGCUUAAACUAAUAAAUACAUAUAUUUAUUUAAUACGAAGCACAUAUUUAAUCUUUUUAGAAUCUCUUUAAUAUUGUAUAAUACUGUACGUAGGAUAACGCUUCUCGAUCUCUAGUUAGUUUGUUAGAUUGCUUAGACUGUUAACCUGUUCGUCGCAUAUAUGGCACUGUUUGAUUACAAAUGUUAUUAUUAUUGUUAUCAAAUAUAUUGUGACGAGAAUAUGUAAUUUGAAAUAUUGAAAAAUUGUGCAUUAUUGCCGAAAGGGACCACCGAUAUAUGACCAUCUCUUAAAGAUGAAGAACAAUAAGUUACAUAUUCUAUAUUAUGUAAAGUUUAUAUAUCAAUGUGAACGCGUAAACACAUUCAUGUGCCAUAAAGAGAUGCGUGUUAGUGCGACGUUAAAAUACUUCUUACUUGUGUUCAUUUUAUUUAUAUGAAAAAAAAACCGAUUGUAUAUAUAUUUAUUGUCAGAAUUGUAACGAGCCAUUUGCUACUAAAAUGCAAGUUUAAUAAAAAUUUAUUUUGUGCAACGAUUA